AUGUCUCGGGACAGAUUUAACCUCAACGUUAGAGGAAAUAAUCGUGGAGCUGGAUUUCAACGCCGGGGAGGUGCUGGUCCUGGUGGCCCGAUGCGAGGUGGAAUGGGUAACCUGAAUAAUUUCAGACAAAACCAACACCCUUUUCAAAGAGGGCCUCAUCCCGGUAACUUUGGAAAACCACCCAACCAGAUACCUCAGAUAACCCCUCAGAAGCCACUGCCACCAACUCUUUCCCAGCCAGGCGCUCAAGCGAUUCGGCCACCACCUACUCCUGGCCCUGCGUUAACCAUGAAGGGCCCCGUACAGCAACAGCAGGCCGCUGCGGUAGCAGCUCCGGCGGCCGCAGCAGCAACUCCAGUGGCCGCACCUCCGGCGGCUGCAGCAACAGCGCCCGCGGCUCAACCAAAAAUUCAGUCCCCACCUCCGAAGCCUGUUCCUCCGAAACCCACACUCUCAUCUCCCCCACCAAACCAAAUUAAGAAACCCGCACUCUCAUCUCCCCCACCAAACCAAAUUAAUAGGAACCAGCAAAGACCAGGACCCGGCAACGCCAAUGGAAAUGGGCCUAAAUCUGCACCCGCGAUCAAAAAACCUGAACCUCAAACGCAGAAGAAUACUUCAAUUGAGACCGAGGAAGCCCAGCCUCCCAAUGUGAGUAACGACGUUAGCCAGCCAUGCUAGCGAACAUUACGUAAUUCGUAUGUUAGCUAGUUACUUAGAGUAACCUGUAUUUUAGCAAUCUAACGUCAGAUAUGCAGAUGUGUUAUGUGAAAUAAAAGUAGGCCAUGGCAUUGAGCUAGUUAAGCGUUCCAUUCCGUUGUUGCGGAGUUAGCCAACUAGCUUUGCCAGCUAAGGUAACUAGCUACGUUAGUUGACUACAUGGGAGACACGUCGGCCAUUUUGUGAGAAUCGGGUACAUUUCGACAAUGUUACUGAAAGCGGAUUACUAGAGAUGCAUCCACACUACGUAGGUAAAAGCGCUUGGAAGAAAGCCACUGUGAGAAGACACAUUUAAAAUCUUUGACGCCUUUUUACCGGGGGGGGGGGGGUUGUUUGAAAAAAAAUCUAACACCAGGUGGGAAAGAAACAAGGCAAUGAGACAUUCAGAAACAUGACUUCUAAUAAGUUUUCCUGAUUUUUACGUUUCACAAGUUUGAGGGAUUUAUAAAGUUGUAGCAGUUCAAUGAGGGAAAAUUUUUUACAUUAUUUUCCAAGCCCAUUUUCAUUUGUUAAUAUAAUAUUUGGCCAGGAGAAUAAUAAUGUUAAUAAAAUAGUUGUGAUCGGAAUUACAAGGAUAAGUAUAAUGCCAUUUAACAUCAAAGGUAAACCUAGGUAAUUUUUUUGAAUUUAUAUUUGACCAUACAUGAAUUUCAAGACAUAGUUUACUAGAAUGGUGGCAUAAAUAAAUGCUCUAUAGAUUGAGAUGAGCGAAAAACACAAGGCAUUUGUCAAAAUUGAACCGUUUGUGCAAGAAAUCACUAAAAGGGCAGAUGGAAGAAAAUAUGUUAAAAUUGAGCGCUUUUAACUUUUGGGUUAACAGGACAAUUAAGGUAAAAGGUAGUCGCUUUUGACCAAAGCAUGGGUUGGUCACUUCCAUUGCAAAAUAUCGAAUUAUAAUCACAAAUUAUAUCAUUAAAACCAAUCGUAUCCACACAUUGUUACAUUUUUAAAAAUCCAAAAUGUUCAGGUCAUUCAUUUGAAGUGGGAACAACCUCGUAAUAUAAGUGUUCUUAAUCCAAGUCCAAGUAUAGGAAGUGGAAUUGCUUUGCAAACCUUUUUUUUGUUCUCUCAGUACUAUUUACCUGAAAUGUACCAGUUAACUCAUCAAAUGGCAAUCGCUCCAGUGUUGUCUAACAAAUCACAUACAAAACGAAUGCCCUUGUCAAACCAAAGGCCUUUUAACAUUUUACAUUAAAAAAAAAUAAUUUAAUAAACCUAACACUACUUUUCGAGGUUCAAGAUCACACUUCAUUAAGAAUUCAAGUCCACCAAAUGUAUUAAACAGACUUACCUACCUCUUUAAGGAAUACCUGGAAUAGUAUAAAGUAAUCCUUCUACCCACCCCCAGUAAAAAAAAAUAGUUAUUGUCCCACUGAGCGCACGAAUUUGUAAGUUGCUCUGGAUAAGAGCAUCUGCUAAAUGAUGUAAAUUUAGGGAUAUGAUGCCAUGUAGCGGUAGGAUUAGAUUAACAUAAUUUUAACAAUUUAAUCUUAAAAUUACACACUAACAACUGUCAAUAGCCUAUAAACCUCCAUGAUCAUAGUCUUUCACUAAUUGAGGUUUCUGAAAAUAUAAUGCGUUUUAUUCCUUCAAAUAAAUCUAAAUGUCACAGAAUUGACCUUUUUGAUGUUAUUAGAAGAAGAAAAAGGGGACUGACUUGGGUAAAUUAUUCUAGUUAAACUAUCAGUCUUGGGCAAAAGAAUAUGACCCAACGUUGAGAUCACGUUGGAGCAAUGACUUAAAGAAACUCUUAUGGAAUUAUUGAUACUAUCAAUGUUUAAAGAUUCUCUAUCAAUAUCGUUUUUAGUGAUAACAAUUCCUAAAUAUUUACUGUACUUUUUAACAGGUAUGGAGGCAAUGUUGACAGUCACAGCAAUGAAUUGACAUGAGAUCGCAUUUGAUAAGGUUGUGAGUCAACCCAGAGGCCAUAGAAAGUUUAUUGAUUCUGUCAAUAGCCAAGGGAAUAGCCACCCUAUCCUUUAGGAAAGGGGCAUUAUCAUCUGCAUAUUGACUGAUAUUUAUAUCUUUACCAAAAACACGGAUCCAUUUGAGAAUUCUCAGAUUUGUUAAGAAAUAAGGCAAAUAAAUGUGACUAAAAUAAAUGAGGGGAGAUUGGACAACCCUGUCUAAUUCCUCUAGCAAUUUAGAAACUAAGGUAUGUUCCAUUACUCAUAGCCACCAAACUGCUAUUAUCAUUAUACAUCAUCCUUAUCACUUUGCAUGAAUUCUCCCCAAACCCAAAAGUAGAGUUCUAAAUAAAAAGUUGUUCUAUAAAGUAUCAAAAGCCUUUAAAAAAAAUCUAAAAACAAUAUAACACCUUCUAUAAACUCACUGUAAUCUAAAAUAUCUAAACCCAAUUGUAUAUUGUUAUGAAUACUCCUUCCUUUAACGAAGAUUGUUUUAAGUUUCACGGAUUAUAUCAAGGCCUUUUUUCAUCCUAUUAGCAUAAACAUGGGCUAGUAACUUAUAGUCCGUUGCCAACAACGUCAUUGGUCUCAAAUUGUCCAAGUAAAGAGUCCUCCUUUGGUUUGGGUGUUAGAACCAUUUGUCCCGGUCUCAAAUGAUGUAAGAUGGCAUUAGCAAUACCCUCUUUGUAGACCAAAAGCAAUAAUUCUCUAUUAAGCCAAAAAUGUUGUUAAAAUUCAGGAGUCAGGCCAUCUGGUCCAGGAGAUUUACCUGUAGGCAUUUGUUUAAUGGCUUGUUCCAACUCCGUAAUAUCUAUAAUGAACAAAAAUAUAAACGCAACAUGUAAAGUCACUACAGGUUCGAUUCCAGGCAGUAUCACAAUCCGGCCGUGAUUGGAAAUCCCAUAGGGCGGCGCACAUUUGGCCCAGCGUCGUCCGGGUUUGGCCGGGGUAGGCCGUCGUUGUAAAUAAGAAUUUGUUCUUAAUCGACUUGCCUAGUUAAAUAAAGGUUAAUCAAUAAAAUAAAAUACAUCAUUACACAGGUGCACCUUGUGCUGGGGACAAUGAAAGGCCACUCUAAAAUGUGCAGUUUUGUCACAACACAAUGCCACAUAUGUCUCAAGUUUUGAGGCAGCAAAUAGAUGUUAGAAUAAUGUUUCUUGACAUAUAUUAUAAACAUAAAUAUUUACCAAUAUGUAAUGUGACCCUUUAUAUUCCAAAACAACAGUUGUCCAGUGACCCUCAUCACACUUGCAUUCUAAAACUGUACCUGGAAAACGUCUGAAAAGUAUUGCCACACCAGCAGAAUGAGAUGAGCCAUGGCUAAGAAUGAUCUUGUCACCCCAUUGUGAAGUCCAAAAUGUUAAGUCAACAUCUGUGGAAUGCGUCUGAGUAAAAAUACUGACUUUACUGAAUCUUUACAGAAAAUAAAAACAGCCUUGCGUUUUACAUUGUUGCGUAAACCCCUGGUGUUCAAGGAUAAAAAGGAAAGAGAAAUGUUCAAUGAGAAGAGUAUAUGAGAAAGUUGUCUAGAAUUAACAGGGACCCUGAAUAAUAUAAAGUAGCAUAAGCCCUACAAAAUUAACUUGACAAACGGUCACGUCCAUAUAAAGGAAAAUAAAUGGAUAGUUUGUGUAAUAACACAUCUUAUAUUCAUAGUUUACAUCUUCAAUUGAAUUCUCAAACUUAAAAUAAAUAAAACUCUGAAGUCUAAUCAAGCCAUAUGAAAAAACGGUGUUUACGGUAGUUAAUGUUUACAGGCAGAACUUGCCACAACAAAUAAUUUGGCCCUAAGCAAUAUCAAUAGGUAGAAGAGCAUCAAUCAGUCAGUCACAUAGCUCCACCCUGCAGCCGUCAUUGACAGCAAACCCCUCGCGAAAGAAACCUUUUAUUCCCCUGCAUCUUGCCUCAUCGACCUGUGGCCACAGCUUCGCACAGGCAUCCCUGUCGCGCUUGGUCAAAUCUUCUGCAAAGCUAAUGCCUUUCUCCCUGCAGAUCGGUGCCAGCUUCGCAGCUCUCCACACCUCGUCUCUCACGUUCAGUCUCCGCCCCCAUCGGCGCUUGUAUUGGGCCUGUUCAGCACGGACAGCUCCUCGUUUUCUUUUGUCAGGGCAUCAACUUUAGUUUUCAACAGUUUCACGUCAGUAGUGAUAUCCUUAAUGCCUGUUGAAUUAAACUCUAGUUUUGGAAACGUUUGCAAUUGAGAGGGUAUUUUUAUGAAUCCUCUCAUCAAAGCUAUUCAGCCGACUAGCUUGCUAGUCAAAUGUCUUGUUUAAACCCUGGAUUGUUGCUAAGAUUGCUUCAUUGGUGAUAGGCUGUGGUGGUUGAGUCUGCCCGGCGUCACUUUCUGGUAGUCUCUUCAGGUUGGGGGGUUUCGAAGGGGUUAUUUGAACACCUGUACCAAAGACUAAUUCCUCCGAACUCGGUACCGUUUCUUCUGGGGGAGUGUCAAAAUCCUGCAUAUAGUCUACGGUAUCCACCUCGGUUACGACCUCAAUGUUUGCUAGUUUAAUCUCAGAUAACAUUACUAGUAAAUACUGAUUUCUUGCUAGCUAGCCUUGGCUGAACUUGCUUGUAGUAUAAUGAAGUGGAAAAGUGAUGUUCGAUAAACCACCAAACGAAUUGAAAGAAAAAUAGAGUAAGCAACGUCAUUUCAACUGUGUUCGUCGUCAAACUCAAAUUAGAGCUUGAAUUCAAUUUAAGGUUUUCAGGACAGCCGUUUUUUGCGACUGGGUGGGGUUGUUAAAGCGAUUGAGUAACAUGCAUGGACUAAAGACAUCGUUUUUUGUUUACUGUACUUGUAAUAAUGUUAACCAUAGUUAUGUUCUAGUAACAGAAUAUCAUGGGCAUUUGUCAGGCUAUAACAUUUUAGGAUUGGAAUCUGAACUGAACGUUGUAUCUGUCUGUAGGAGUUGAGAGCGACACUGUCCUCGCUGCGCAGACCUGGCGAGAAGACAUACACUCAACGAUGCCGCCUUUUCAUUGGAAACCUUCCCAACGAUAUCUCAGAUGACACAUUCAAGAAGCUGUUUGCGAAGUAUGGCGAGCCAAGUGAGAUUUUCAUCAACAAAAACAAAGGCUUUGGCUUCAUACGCCUCGUAAGUACACCACACUGUAGUUAACAUAAACACUGACCUUUUGGUAGUUAGCUCUACCAUAAACAUUGACCUUUUGGUAGUUAGCUCUACCAUAAACAUUGUCCUUUUUGGUGGUUAGUGCCUUAUUAGGCGUUUAAUUUUAACAACUAGAUUUCUACCAUUCCAGGAAUCCCGUGCAUUGGCUGAGAUAGCUAAAGCUGAACUGGAUGAUGUGCCCAUGAAAGGCAGACCGCUUCGGGUGCGCUUUGCAACUCACUCAGCUGCACUGUCUGUGAAGAACUUGUCACCUUUUGUUUCCAAUGAGCUACUGGAGGAGGCCUUCUCCCAGUUUGGAGUGGUAGAGAGGGCUGUGGUAAUUGUAGAUGAUCGCGGGCGCUCCACUGGCAAGGGCAUUGUUGAAUUUGCAUCUAAACCUGCUGCACGAAAGGCCCUGGAUCGUUGCAAUGAUGGAGUUUUCUUGCUCACCACGUAAGUGAUUUACAUUUAUUUGGCACCAUUCAGUAGAACAUGAAAUGCAGAUGGAGCUUUCUCCUAAUGGCUCACGUGCUGUUAGGCUGUAAUUCAUUGAUACUCUUGAUGUCUUAGGUCACCUCGUCCAAUCGUCGUUGAGCCCCUUGAACAAUACGAUGAUGAGGAUGGUCUACCAGAGAAACUGGCACAGAAGAACCACAACUAUCAUACGUAACCCUCACUUCAUAUAACUAAAUAGCUUUAAUUCAAUCGCAUGUCUUUUUGUACUAUAUUGGUGUGCUUAUUUUGUUUUCUUAUUACCCCUACCCACAGCACUCCUUUGUGAUGUUAUGUUCAUAUUGAGGUGUGAAGUGAAAAUGUAGCUGUUGUAGCCAGGUUAUGCCCAGUGGACCAUGUCAUGAAAAUUACACUGCUAACACCAUCAGUCCCAAGAUCCCCAAAAAAAUCUACCUUUCAUUUAUCUGCAUUUAUAUCUAGCCUUACAAUGAAGUGUUUGACCAUAUUCUUUUCAGAACAUUUAUAUGAAUGCUCUAAGUACACAUUGUUUCCUGACUGGGAAACUAAUAUCCAACUAGUCGGUGACAACUGUUUGGCAUUUGUGACAUCCACUAUAUGAGCUUAUACAGUGCAUUCGGAAAGUAUUCAGACCCCUUGACUUUUUCCACAUUUUAUAAUAAUAAUAAUAGUAUGCCAUUUAGCAGAUGCUUUUAUCCAAAGCGACUUACAGUCAUGUGCGCAUACAUUUUUACGUAUGGGUGGUCCCGGGGAUCGAACCCACUACCCUGGCGUUACAAGCGCCAUGCUCUACCAAUUGAGCUACAGAGGACCACAUUUUGUUAUGUAACAGCCUUAUUCUAAAAUGGAUGACAUUAUUUUUUUCUCACCAAUCUAAACAAUAUACCCCAUAAUGACAAAGCCAAAACAGGUUUUUAGACAUUUUAGAAAAUGUAUAUAAACAAUUAAAAAAACAAUACCUUAUUUACAUAAGUAUUCAGGCCCUUUGCUAUGAGACUCGAAAUUGAGCUCAGGUGCAUCCUGUUUCCAUUGAUUGUCUUGAUGUUUCUACAACUUCAUUGGAGUCCACCUGUGGUAAAUUCAAUUGAUUGGACAUGAAAGGCACACACCUGUCUAAGGUCCUACAGUGCAUGUCAAUGCAAAACCCAAGCCAUGAGGUCAAAGGAAUUGUCCGUAGAGCUCCGAGACAGGAUUGUGUUGAGGCACAGAUCUGGGGAACGGUACCAAAAAAAUUCUGCAGCAUUGAAAGUCCCCAAGAACACAGUGGCCUCCAUCAUUCUUAAAUGGAAGAAGUUUGGAACCACGAACACUCUUCCUAGAGCUGGCCGCCCGGCCAAACUAAGCACUCGGGGGAGAAGGGCCUUGGUCAGGGAGGUGGCCAAGAACCCAAUGGUCACUCUGCCAGAGUUCCUCUAUGGAGAUGGGAGAACCUUCCAGAAGAACAACCAUCUCUGCAGGCCUUUAUGGUAGAGUGGCCAGACGGAAGCCACUCCUAAGUAAAAGGCACAUGACAGCCCGCUUGGAGUUUGCCAAAAGGCACCUAAAGACUCUCAGACCAUGAGAAACAAGAUCCUCUGUUAUGAUUGAACUCGUUGGCCUGAAUGCCAAGCGUCACGUCUGGAGGAAACCUGGCACCAUCCCUGCGGUGAAGCGUGGUGGCAGCAUCAUGCUGUGGGGAUGUUUUUCAGGGACUGGUUGGGAACGAGGGAAAGAUGAACGGAGCAAAGUACAGAGAUCCUUGAUGUAACUUCUACAGAGCACUCAGGACCUCUGAAUGUCCUUGAGUGGCCCAGCCAGAGCCCGGACUUGAACCCGAUCGAACAGCUCUGGAGAGACCUGAAAAUAGCUGUGCAGCGACGCUCCCCAUCCAACCUGACAGAGCUUGAGAGGAUCUACAGAGAAGAAUGGGAGAAACUCUCCAAAUACAGGUGUGCCAAGCUUGUAACUUCAUACCCAAGAAGACUCAAUGCUGUAAUCGCUGCCAAAGGUGCUUCAACAAAGUACUGAGUAAAGGGUCUGAAUACUUACGUAAAUGUGAUAUUUCAGGUUUUUUAUUUGUAAUAAAUUAGCAAACAUUUUCAAAACCUGUUUUUGCUUUGUCAUUAUGGGGUAUUGUGUGUAGAUUGACGAGGAGAUAAAAACAAUUGAAUCAACUUUAGAAUAAGGCUGUAGCGUAACAAUGUUGAAAAAGUGAAGGGGUCUGAAUACUUUCUGAAUGCACUGUGUAUAAUGGACACAAUGUCUUCCAAAUGUAAAAAAAAAAACGUACCUUCUAACGACUCUUAUGUAGCUUAUGAGCGUCAUAGAGCAAAACGUGUUACAUGUUCGUGAGAGUCUCCGCUUUUCAUUGAUGACUUUUAAUAGUUUUUAUAAAAGACCCGGCCUGGGCCUCUGAGAUCCGCCCUUGUCUCACAAACACCGCUCUAGCUCAGCCCCCGUUAAUCACACAGACUGAUGGCUGGUAUCUAUGGUUGCAGAAGAAAUGGAAGAAUCCAAAAGUCUGCAGGUCAAACACAAUGUUUAAAAGGGAAGUUAGAAGUCAAAACGCGCCUGCGUUACGGUGGGACUCAUUGGGCUAAAGUCACUGGGUGGUGUUUACCAGAGGUCGGGGUUGGGUUAGCAGAUACCACAGCUGUUAAAAACCCAUUGCGGUUGUUUUUCAGAUAACAUGAUUAACCCUCGAGUACCCCUUUUUGUUCUAUGUCUUGGUUACAACUUGGUUUCUAUUCUAACACUUAUGUGCCUGCAGGGAGCGGGAGGAGCCACCCAGGUUUGCCCGUCCUGGCACGUUUGAGUUUGAAUACUCUAAGCGUUGGAAGUCCCUGGACGACAUGGAGAAGCAGCAACGCCAGCAGGUGGAGAAGAACAUCCGUGAAGCCCGAGAGAAACUGGAGGGAGAGAUGGACGAUGCUUUCCAUGUGCACCAGGCCAACAUGAUCCGCCAAGGCAAGUUUCGCUGGACAGAGACAACCACUUCUCAAAAUGGAAGACUAGUUAGAUGUAGAAGUGUCUUACAUGCAUGUUCUUACACUGUUUAGAUCUGCUGAGGCGUGAGGAGGAGCUACGACGCAUGGAGGAGAUGCACAGUGCAGAGAUGCAGAAGAGGAAAGAGAUGCAGCUCAGGUAUUUAAACUUGGUUGAAUAACUGUUUAACACACUUCAUUUAUUGGAGUGUUACUAAAACGUGGCAGUGUGCAUAACAGGCAGGAGGAGGAGCGUCGCAUACGUGAGGAGGAGAUGCUCCGCCAGAGGGAGAUUGAGGAGCAAAUGCGCCGCAAGCGUGAGGAGGCCUACAGAAGUGGCAACUUCAUGGACAAUGUAAGCUGAGCACAGUACCAUACCACCAUUCAGACCUUGACAUUUGCAUUUGAGGUAUAUGCAUGUUCUUACUGUUUUGAUUUCACAGAGGGAUAUGAGAAUGACUGGUGGCGCCAUGGGCCUGGCUGGUGAGUAGUACAUCCUUAAACAUAUUUUUUAUGGGGGGGAAAUGUCUUAUUUUCAGCUUACACCAGAAUUGUUUUGAAACAAGAAUAUGAAGUUUGAGACUGAUUUAUAUAAGUAUAUGACAACUUUGCCCCCUAAGGGCUGCCAUGACUCUCAUUAUAAUGUGUGACAUGUAGUCCUGUUGUCCCUACUAGACAGUCAAUUUGGCUCACCCAACCAGAAGUUCCCCAUGGGACACCAAGGCAUGGCGGGACCUAACGCUGGGGGAGCCAUGAUGCCCAAUGAAAUGGUAAUGUAUUCCAAAUGGAGAGGAACACUAAUAGGGCUCAGUUGGGGGUGGGUUUCUCCAUUGGUUGCUGUAGUUGUCAUCUGGGAGAGUGAAGUGGAUGGUUUUUCUCCGGUCAGCACAGUUUGGAAGCGUAUGACAGAGAAAAUGAAGCGCUGGUGCUGCCACCGUCUUCGUAGGCGUCUGUGCCAUGUCGAGAUAAAAUUUGUGCUCAACAGUUUUCAGCAACAGCAUGUCCCCUCAGUUCCUCCACUAUUACAGCCUGUAUUUCAGCUGAAAAUAAUGAACCUGUACUAAACCCAGUGAAUUGCUUUCUCAAAGCUCCUACUUUGUGGAAUAGACCUAUUGCAAGCCCUGUCUUGUGUGAGCCAGACAGGCACAUUUUCUUGGCAUGUGGAAAGAUGUCACCUGGCAGCAUUUUUAUUUGGUGGAGAACCUUUUUAGUUGAAGCACUUUCCCAUACUGUCAUUGAACUUCAUAUGAUCACAUGAAAUGGCACAGAUGGUGUCUCCGUGUAACCUGGAAAUAUUUUUAGUUGAGUGUGAAAAGUGCAUUUCCUGCGAUGUUCACUUGUGGCAUGGCAGUUGUUGUAACAUUUCCCCAGCCACCACCUUGUCCAAGCAAUUCAAAUGAGGGGUAUUAGUGCAGGUUGCUUUUUGAAGCAAACAUGUCUCUUGACAUAACAUUAAGCUAAUGAGUAAGCUCCUUAGUGCAACUUGCAUAACACAAGAUGAAGAACUGAGGGUGACGGGCAUUGCCCUGGGACUGCUUGCUUGGAUACCUGUACUAUUUGUACGCUGUGGGUGAAAUCAUCUAAUUAAAAAAUGCCCAGAAUGUUAAGUAAUCUGCAUUAGGCCUAUGGCAGGCAGGUGUGUUAAUGUAUGUGUUAUAGGCUACAUACAAUUAAUAAGUUGACCAGUUAGAUUUCUGGUAACUUACUUAGAAAUGGCCUGAUGCAAAGCUGUUAAAGUCCAUAAAAAUUGAUACAGCUUGUGCUUCGCAUGAGUUAAGUUUUUAUACUGUCAAGGAUAUAUCAAUUCAUGUAAUGGAACACAGCCGCUUUGACGUAAGGGUGGCAAACAAUCGGACAGGAAAACACAGCUGAUCGGCUGCUUUUGCAAUGGGUGAGCAGUUGUUGGUAUUCGAUACUGAAUUGUACAGUUCGACGACGUAGCUGGUGUAUUUCUUACUGAUAGCACCACAUCCGUUUUUCUGUUCUUCACUGCAAGCAAUGCAAUAUGAACCCAACUUUUAGUGCAGUGAUCGCAGAGACCCUCUCUUACCCAGAAUGUAAGAUGGCUAGUAGACAUGUUACUGGCUAGACUAGCUGGUCUUGCCGCUACACACAUGGACGCUAUGACAAAUCAGGAUCCAUUUAGUCAAGUUGACAGUAGAACUACCAUUAAUCGGCCAAGCAUUUAAGUUUAAUUUAAACAAGUGUUCUGAAAAUGACUGGGGGGGGGGACUCUGUCUACAAAUUUGUAGACCACCUUAAAGGAAAUCUCAAUGUAUGUAAAUGGCAUGUUCUAGAAGGGUCUAGACAAAAACAUUUUGUACAGUAUAUACAGCUUUUUUUUAUUUACCCCAGCUGCGAUACACUAUCUUAUUGCUCGUUGUGCCAUAUCGGGGGACACAAAAGACAAUAACAAAAGCACCCAAAUGUUUUUUAAGAAAUGGGCAGGCCCUCAGUGUUGUUAUGUAGGUCUUUAGAUGUACACAUGAAAUUGUGUCAUUCCAAACUUUUUUCGUAACAUUAUAAUCAAGGGUUUGAACCGGUUCAGGGAACAGAACCGAAAACCAGAAAAUAAAAGUAUUUGAAGAACAGAAUGCAAACUGGAACCGAAAGUGAUCUAUACUGUUCCGGAACAGAACCGUUAUUUUAAACGCGUGGGAACCGGUUAAUAACCAUUUUUUUGUUCCGGGUAUAUCUUUUUUUCAGUCCCACAAAGAUUGGAACCAAUCUCCUAUGCAAAGCCGUCACUCAAACUUAUUCCAGCAUCUGCCUGCCAACUGGAUAUCUUUGCCAGGGGUGUGUGUGUGUAGGCUACUUGCCCCUUCACUCUGAAGCAUAGGUUAGUUACUGUAGCCUACUGACGAUGUUACAAGCAUGAUUCGGGAAAUUAGGGAGAGAUGUUUAAAAGAAUGGAUUAACCUUUUUCAAUGCUCGUUAAGGAUACUAUACUUAUCACAUUUCACAUUUGUUUUAUUAAAGCUGCGGUAUGUAACUUUUUGGGUGACAUGGCCAAAUUCACAAAUGUGUGUUAUAGAUCUGUCAUUCUCAUUGAACACAUGUCUAAGAAGCGGUAGAUCUGUUCUAUGUGCACUUUCUAUGCUUCUCGUUAAGUUUUGUUUUUGCGUCUUUUACUUUCGGUUUUGUACACGAGUUUCAAACAACUGAAAAUACAAUAUUUUUGGUUAUGGAAAAUAUAUUUCACAGCGGUUUAGAUGGUACAAUGAUUAUCUACACUAUACUUGCUUGUUUUGUCACAAACUGAAAUUAGGCGAACUAUUAGAAUUUUAGCAACCAGGAAAUGGUUGAGUGAUUUCUGCAUAGUGCAUCUUUAACUACAAAAUUGUAAGACGUGUUUUAUUUUCUAGUACUGCACACACAAGCUUGCUAGCUGACGUUUGCUUUGGUCCAACGUUAUACCAACGCAGAAGUUCAAAGACAUGCAUAGUCCCUCCAUAGAAUCCGCUCCUCUGUAGGUAUAAUUCUGUGGGCCUAAUUCAGAUAAUGCAUGUGAUAAAAUGCCCAGCGCUUCAAGACAAACUUCCUCAUACUCUCUCGCUUUCUCAUUUAAAUUGCAUCUGACGCCCAACACUGUGACUGGUAGCACAGUGUGUUUCUUUCAUUAUGAUUAAACCAUGCUGUUACGGCAAAAUACAAUUUGCUCUUAACCACUUUACUAUACAGAUUAAAUCGCUUACCUGUUCAAUAGCAAGCUGCUCUAUCUGCACUGAUUUUGAAGUAAUUUGUCAUGCUAAAUGUAAAACAUUUCAGGGGAUUAACCAGUUAAAUGUAAUCUACGUAAUCCCCAGAAGUAAUUAUUUAUCCUGAGGGCCAUCAACAAUAAUUAGUAAUGCUAAGGUUAAAAUUUCACCUUUCUUUUAAAAAUGUUUGUAAAUUGCAGAGGUGUAGUCACUUUUGAGGACAAGCUCAAGGACACAGUACAAAUAUGAUAAAAAUAUGAAAUAUUGAUGCAUUUCUUAUUCAACAAAACUAUGAAUAAGGCUUGAAAUGACACAUGCUUUCUUAAUAUAGUAUAAUCAAAAUUAUAAAACUACUAAGAUUUCACCUUCCUUAUAACUGUAACAUUUUCAUAUUUUCUAAAGGUCUCUCUAGAUAAAAAUGUUUGCCCCUAUGGCUGUGAACGUCUAACAGAGCUCUAGCUUGGCUUUGUGAACUUGUUAGGAACUCACCUUUCAUCGCAUCUUGUCCGUCAAUGACAGUGUUUUUGUUUAAAAUCGCUGUUAUUUUAGAUAAAUGGCUAAUCGAUCUCAAUGUGCUACCGUGAUCAAACCAAGCUCUCCUGCUGCGCUAUGAUGUGGCUAUGACGUAGGGUUCAGCCAGGAGUUGAUGGACAGUCGGAAGAGCGAAUGAAAUGGUAGGAGGGACAUCCCAGCUUCAAGUGGUUUCAGAUUUCACAUAAGUCACACAGGCUCAGAAAAUAUACUCUGUCCGUGAGAACGAGGGUUAUUGCUCAAUGCAAGCUAUUUCGAUCUAUGGUGUCCACAGAUCGAUUUUAUAAGCUAAAAUGUUAAGCUAAAAUGUUGGUCAGUACCCCAUAUGUAACUCUGUGUUGUUUUUUAUUGCACUACUUUGCUUUAUCUUGGCCAGGUCGCAGUUGUAAAUGAGAACCUGUUCUCAACUGGCUUACCUGGUUAAAUAAAGGUGAAAUAAAUAAAAUAAAAUAAAAAGUACCAGAACCACGCAGGUCCCCUAAACCGGGGAAUUUUGCGUCUAAAAUGUUUUAAAAAGGAACAAAAAAUAACAAUAUAAACCUGCAAUUUGUUUAUGAUUAGAACUGGUUCAGAACUUCUUUUGCUGGUCGGAACAGUGGAACGUAACGGGAAAAUAAUUGUUCAGUUCAGAACGAAACGAUUGGAAUGUAAUUUGGAUUCCAACCCAUGGUUUACAUCCAUUCUGGACGACUCGCGCUGUUUCCCCCGCACAGCUGUGCAGGCCGAGCGUGUCCCUAUAAUACACGGACACCCAGACCGCGCAGCACAGCAGGUAGAAGAAACGUCUUGAGUUGAAAAAAAUGGAAUGUAACGUUGCAGAUAAAGUUUGGAAUGACACAGUCAUGUGAACAACAUCUGAAGACCUACAUCCCUAUACUUGGAGCGUGUCUGUUUCUAAAAGGACAUAUUUGGGUGAUUGUUUUUGUUACUUUUGUUCAUGUCUUUUGCAUGCCCUGAGACUGCACAACGAGCAAUGACGAAGUGAAUUGCGGCUGCUGCAAUUUUCUCAAAAACAAGCCAAAUCACUAAAGUGUGUAGACCCUUCUAUAACAUGCUAUUUACAUCAAAAAUUGAGAACACUUCAGAAAUGAGAAUUCUCCUAUUAAAAACCAUACGAUUGUAUUGUGCAGGAGCAGGGUGACUAUUUGUGUGCAUAUAAAAUGAACCAUGGUCUUUUUCGUCCUGGAACUUGUGUAGACAAUCAGGAUUUGCCACAACCGUUGUGGAACUUCAGUGCAAAGUUGAGUGUUAACCAGUAUGGACCUCCUCAUUCGCCCAACUGCCGUCAUAUUAACAAAUAUGUGACGCAUAGUAAAUUGUAGUAGGUUUGGUUGGCGAAAUGGCACUAAAGCAUAGACCAACCAAAUAACAUGGCAGGAUUAGGCCAAUGAACAUCUAUUUGAAUUAGGCCUAGCCUAUGGUGAGCCAGUAGACUCAGACUUGGAGUGUAAUGUGAAAUUCAUUCCCCCCUUAAGUUGUUCAGCGUUUUACUAAGGCCAUGAAAGUUUCAAGUGUAACAACUGGGCUAGACUUCAUGUAGGCUCAUUGAUUAAAAUCAUAUUUUUCAAAUGUUUUAUUGCCAUUUGAAAGGUCAGCAAUACUGUAGUUGUGCAGUAUUGCUUGUGUAAUUAAGCAAUAGAGGCAAGACGAGCAACAAUGGGGUUACAGCUAUAUUGGAAAAUAGGGCUGAUAUAGGCUCCUUUUUUUAAAGUGUUUAAGAAAGUGGAAGUGGAGCGCUGAAGUGCAUUUAUCAACUGGCCAGUCUGGCCUACCUGUAAGUUUUGGCAUUAAACUUAACCUUUUGUGCCUUUGGGCCAUAGCAAACCGGCGGUCUUCCCCUAAAUGCUCCACAUGAUGCCAGUAGUGAGUGAUGUAGCCCAGCCUUUGGCAUGCACAGCAAACUACGGUAGGACAUAACUAACGAAAACAUUACCCUUUCUUCCUUCUCCGUAUGUUACCUGUGGCACCUGUGGAUCUGCGUAUUGGAACUAUUUCAACGAACGUUUCCCUUGGACAUGUCUCCUGCUGUUUAUUUUGUCAUGGCUCUCAAACAAAACCAACUCUCUCUCUACCCCCUCUUACCUCUCCCCUGAAUAUGGACUUGAACUGCGUGCCAUCGCACUGCCCUCUCCAAUCUGCCUCCUUGGUAUGGUUGUUGAUCCCUAUAGCGCAAUGAGAGAAACUUCCCUCAGGGAGGCCGGGGGGGAAUGGGUCCUACCAACCCAGGGUUUGGCAGGGUCCGGGAGGAGUUUGAAGGGCCUGCCAAGAAGCCCCGCUUUUAAAUCUGUUCAGUGUCACUCAUAGCAGCGUUUUUGUGUAGCUUCUCUGAACAUCUUCACAUUGAGUCAUUGUUGUAUUUAAGUUGAAAGUGUUCUUGCAUUUUAGCCUGAAGACUCAUUCAUUUUAUGGCAAGUUAGGUUUUUUCUUUUUGAUUUUGUAUUUGGAGUAGUGUGAAAUUGAUAAAUUGGUCACCCUCAGUGAUCACAUAGCGCUAUCCCACCUAUGUAUAACUUUCUUUCCAGUUGUAUCGUGCUCUGUGACUCGUGUCGUAAAUGGUGAUAAAUGUAAAAAUUUCUCACCUUUCUAUGGCUGUGUUUUGUGCCAUUUAAGAUUUGAACUAAAAAACAUGUAACUUUACAAUAAAGACCUCAUUUGGUUCUUUCCAAACCUUCUUAAAGUUUAUUUUAACCCUAUUUUGAGUUAUCCUAAAUAAGCCCAGCAAGAGUUGACGAGCAUUUUGUCCUAGUGAUCAUCUGUUAAAUUGAUCAAUUAUUGUCAUAUAUAUAUUAUAUAGCAUAACCUGGCUUUAUGUUGGACGCCGGGGGUGAACAGCAACUUUAUAAUGUAAAUGAUCACCAUGUGAACUAAAUGGAACAACAUAUGCAUACUGGGACAGUAUUGAUAAAGCAAAGAAAGUUGACAUUUUAGAGCACAAUUAGGCCUAGUAGAAAUGGUACUUGUGGGGCCCAAUUUUGACAACGGAAAUAAGCAGUGCUGGUGUCAAACGCGACUAAUGCUUCUUGAAGUGUUUGCUUAUAAAAAUUAAGGAUUUUGUAAUGCCCUUGGAAAGUCGCAGUUAAAAUGCACUUUUCGGUGCAGAUACUUCAGUGCAAUUUUGCGACUUUUCAUAAACAAUUGGUUUUAAAGUAUGACUAUUUGUCUAGCCCUAAUUGAAGUGAUAUGGUUUUUGACAACGGUGCUGUUUUUUUUUUCAUUGACAAAAAGGGAGUAUGUUGGACUCGUGUAUUGUUCCCAAGUCGGCUACAUAUUAUUGAACAGAGGUCGAAAGUCCUCUCUGAUCACAUUUAACGUCUCAAAGCAGCGCUUUAUUCAUCACGGUCUCUUGACAUUGCAUAAUGCAACAUGUUUCAUUGGAAUGUAUGUAUCAUACACGGGAAUGUAUGAAAACGAUCUAAGAAUG